AAACACUUCAGUAGCUCACCAGCUGGUCUAGACGUAGGGUGUGUGACACUAUGGCUCCAGAAUCCCACCCUUAACCAGCCGAAUCAUCCCAAAACAAGAAACCCUCAUAUUAAAACCAGCAAGAUGGAGUCCCUGGAGCACCUGAAGAAGGAGCUGGAGCGGCUGAAUGUGGAGUUAGACCAGACGAGUAGCGAGAAGAAACAAGCGGCUCAGUAUGGCCUCGUAUUAUUGGAGGAAAAGGAGAGCUUGCAGUCCAGAUGUGAGGACCUGGAGGCGCUCUACGAGAACACCAAGUCGGAAUUAGAGACGACGAGAGAGGCACUUGCAAAGUUCCAGACGACCCACCGAGUCACCACAGCGAGCGGCAUCGAGACGGAGGAGAGUCUUCUGUCAGAAUCUGCGGCUCGGGAGACUUCACUCAACUCACAGAUUAUUGAGUUGGAACUGGAGGCCAAGCAGUGUCGGGCAGAGCUGGAGAGAGUGCAGAGUGAGAAGUCACGCUACUAUACAGAUCUGGCGGAAUUCCUGAAGGAGAAGGAGAUAUCGGACCACGAGAAGAAGCAACUGAAGGCGGAAUUGAAGGACCUCAAGUUCAGGGAGACGAGGCUCUUCCAGGAUUAUGCCGAGCUGGAAGAUGAGAAUAUUACACUCCAGAAGCAGAUUUCCAGCCUCAAGUCCUCCCAGGUGGAAUUCGAGGGCGCCAAGCAUGAGAUCCGACGCCUUCAGGAGGAGACAGAGGUGCUCAACCAGCAGGUGGAGGAGCUGGCCAACCUCAAGAAGAUCGCGGAGAGGCAGAUGGAGGAGGCGCUGGAGUCCCUUCAGGCAGAGAGGGAGGCCAAGUAUGCGCUGAAGAAGGAGCUGGAUGGCCGGAUGAAUUCUGAAUCUAUGUAUAACUUGUCCAACCUCGCCAUGAGUAUGAAGCUCUCGGGCAGUCCAGAGUUCAGAGAGAGCGAUGGGGAGGACGACACACCGGUCCUUCGUCGUCUGGAGUCGGAGCUGAUGAGUGCUGGAGGGAAUGUAGAGAUGGGAGGGGACCUGUUCUCCGAGAUCCACCUCAACGAACUGCGGAAACUUGAGAAGAAACUGGAGGAGGCUGACCAUGAGAAGACUCAGCUGACAACCAACCUGAAGGAGAGUCAGGAGGGGCUAGAGAAGGCACGGGGGGAGCUAGAUGCCCAGCACGCCCGGGUCUCACACCUCUUGGGUCACAUCUCAGCCCUGGUGAAGCUGCAUGACCAGGAAAAUCCAAACCAGAUGAAUGCCGAGGACACUGCCAAUCUAGUGAGUUUCCUGGAGAAGCAGAAGUCCCGGUACCAGGUCGCCUCGAGGGAGAUCACCGAGCUGAAGAAGAGCUUGGCAGAGAUACAGAACUCAGACGGCGGCACAGCGAGCGAUGCGGUGCAACAGCUGCGUAAUGAAGUGGGGACGCUGCGUGCCAGGCUGAUCGACGCAGAGCAGAAAUCCAUUGAUCUUGGAAAUGACGUUGGGAUCCUGAGUAAAAUGAUGAACGGCCGUGAGGGAUCUCUGUCCAUCACCAGGAAUGACUUAGGGACCAUAAGUGAGGAACUGGCCCAGCUGUACCACCACGUCUGCACGGUGAACGGGGAGACACCUUCCAGGGUCCUGCUUGACCACAGCAAGCAGGGACGCACCACAGACAAAGGAGAUGAGGAAAGCAAGCCUUCUUCCCCAACGUCAGCUAUGUCGACUUUGGAAGCAUUGAGGAGCAAACUCAGAACAGAUGUUACUCUUUCUGAUUUUGUGGACAACAGUGACCCUGCAGCUGUGCGUGAGAUUGUGGACACCAUCAUGGACCAGAUCAGGCACCUCAAGAAAUCCGUGGAGCACACCAUUGAGCUCAGCAAGGAGAAGGGACUGGUUAGGGAGUCGGCGGCUUCUGACAGUGGUCUGAGUGAAGGAGAGGUUCAGGAGCUGCAGGAACAGGUCAUCAAACUUAAGUCCCUGCUGUCCACCAAGAGGGAACAGAUUGCUACCCUUCGCACUGUACUCAAGGCCAACAAACAGACUGCCGAGGUGGCACUCUCUAACCUGAAGUCCAAGUAUGAAACAGAGAAGAGCAUCGUCUCAGAAACCAUGAUGAAGCUAAGGAACGAACUGCGUCUGCUGAAGGAGGAUGCAGCAACCUUCUCCAGUCUGCGUGCCAUGUUUGCCGCACGCUGUGAGGAGUACGUCACUCAGCUGGACGAGGUGCAGAGGCAGCUGGUGGCAGCCGAGGAGGAGAAAAAGACCCUCAACUCCCUUCUUCGCAUGGCCAUCCAGCAGAAACUCGCCCUCACACAGCGCCUGGAGGACAUGGAGUGUGACAGGGAGAGGUUCAACAUGAGGAAACAUACAGGAAGUCGGGGUCGCGCUCAUGGCUCUCGCUUCAACAACCAGCCACAUGGAUCCUCAGGACAGCACCACUACCAGCGGCGAGACAACUACUAGAUGAUCACUAAGUCUGCUGCACCCUCUGAAAUCUCCCCUACCUUACCGUGCCCUUCCUUGCUGUCUGCUCCUAGAUUCUCCCUUUCCUUUCUCUGGCGUUCCUUAUCUCGUGUCUGGAGAAGGUAGAAGAGGCCACAGAUGGGAUUCGUUUAUCCUGGUUAUUUAUUGCUUCCAUGUUCCCUGUUUACUAGUUCUCUCUCUCCCUCCUUGCGUUCCUUGCCCAGCUUCCAGAGAAGAUGGAAAAGGAGAGAAGCAGGCAGUUUCUAUGGUUUCACUUAUUCUUUUAACUUUCUCUUGAGUAUUCCUCAUUUCUUGGGUCUGGGAGGGAGGAGUGGCAGGCAGGCAGUAUCAGGGAUGUUAGUGGACUUACUCUGUGUGUCUUUCCUGGUGGGCAGUCUAGAUAGGCUCUGUGAUGCUGGAUAGAAGUGGCAGAGGUUCAUGGGUUCUUGGGUUCUCCUGAAAAUCUUGGUUGUCUCUUUUUGGUCCAGAUAGACUAAGUGAUGCUGGGUAGGAGUGGGAGUUUUUAGCCCAUGUUCUUAUCUCAUGAAGGUGGGAGCUGACAGUUUUGAGGAAAUGCUUGUGAAGGUUGAGUAAAGAAGGAAGAAAUACUUGCUGCAGGUCUUUCUAAGUUUGCGUGCUACUUAAGUUGUGUUUUUGAGCAUUGACGAAGCUUGGUGGUUACAGUUUUGAGAGAGUGAGUGAUGAAGGAUGAGUGAACAAGAAGGAAACGAGUGUAAAUCUUCGUGUGUUGACUUAAAGUUGUGUUUUUUAACAUUGACGAGUGAGUGACUGUGACCCUGGAAUUCAUCACUCCUGAACGUUCUUUUUAGAAUUGGUUUAUAAGUGUGUUGUAGAUAGUUCUAACACUUUACUCUUAUUACUUUUCAACAGAUGUAAGUAUUCAGUUACAGCUAUUUAUGAUUUUUGAUCCCUGAGUGUUUUUUUUUUUUUUAUUAAUAUUUAGUGUGGCAAGAAAGAGAGUGGCCUUGUUUUUAUUGAUAUAUUUUCUUUUAGCUCCUGAAUUAAAUGGCUUUUAUCUCCAUUGUUUUUAUUUUUAUGGUGGUGAAUAUUUUUACUUAAUGGCAUUAGAUUGUACAUAAAAGGGGCCAAGAAUUCUUGUAGUGUAUUACUGUUAUUAUUAUUAUUGUUGUUAUGCCUCGUCUCAUUGUUUAUUGUCUUUACUUGUGGUUGUUUUUAUUGUAUUAACUUUAUUUUCAUAUGAAAAUUUAGUUUGUACCCUCAGUUUAUCAUUAUUUAUUUAUUUAUUUUUUAUUAUUAUUAUUAUUAUUAUUAUUAUUAUUAUUAUUAUUAUUAUUAAUGGCAUUAGAGAUUUCUGCAGCAUUUUGUGUUUUUUGUCUUAAUACUUAAAUUUUAUUCUUUGUGUAUUUACUUUUUCAUUCUUUUGUCUAAACUCUCAGAUGCUCAAUUUUAUUAAUCUAUUUUCAUCAAUCUGUUCAUGUCCAAUCUUACAGCAUCCAACUUAGUUAUUUGUAUUUUCUUAUUUUAUUUAUUUCUUAUCAUAUAUAUAUAUAUAUAUAUAUAUAUAUAUAUAUAUAUAUAUAUACACUGAAAAAUCUCAUGGGAUUCGUCCGUUGCAGCUAUACAUUGUAGUACAUCAAUUUAUGGAUUUAUUUAUACAACUCACACAUUUUUUUUUUCUCUGGAGGAAUCUCACAUUUUCUUUGUUGAGUUGCUUGUGACUUGUGUGAACUCAACACCUUUGACUACUACUGCAUAUAAUAGUGGAGGUAUUUAUUUUCUAGGAUCUAGAAUUCCUGUCAUACGUACUUACUUAAUGCAGCAGUUGUUUUAACAUUGUACACUUAUAUUCCUCAGUUAUGCAUUGAGGAGAGGAGCUGAUAAAGGAGAGAUUGCAAGUGAGACAAUUUGAUAGAGAGAGAGAGAGAAAGAGAGAGAGGGGAUGAGGCUUAGUUAAUAGAUGCUCCCUCAGUCCAACCCUCCAUAGUUUCUGUCCCUGCCAAGAGUCUCAGUCUAGUUGCUCACACUUUGCCUCAUCCCUUGUAAUGAGAAGGCUCAGUACAGUUCAGUUCGGUGCUGUCAAGUGCCACUCUCCUAAUCAGCUGAGAGACUUGUGAUGUUCCCAACCACAUUUAUAUUUUCUGUUAUCUUAGGUUUGUGGUUUCUAAUCUUGUGUUUGUUAGUAUGGCCAAUAUUUGGUCGGCAGAGUGUGCUUCUGAUUCUAACCCCCAGUACGUUAAGUUUAUCUCCUGAGAGGCUGAGGAGCAGCUGAAACACCAUAUCAGUGAAUUGUGUAGAGAGAGACAGAGAUUCAUAGACAGGAGUUGUGUUGGUGUGGUGGUCAUUACUUGAUAUAUGGUGAGAAAUUCUAUUGUGCUACUUAGUGCUUUAGUAACUGUAUGGUUUGUGUAGUGAAGCAUUGAGUGUAGAGGCACUGCUGUGAGAGGUGCCAACUGUAGACAUUAAUUGAUAUACAAGCAACUUUGAAAGCUGGAAAAAAAACCUGUAUGAGUUAUUUAAUUGCAGUGAACAUUUAUAUGCACUUGCUGCUGCAGUAAAUGCUUGGAAAGCCUUUAGUGUACAUAUUAGCAAAAGUUUUAUGUACACACACACGCACAUACACACCCACAUUUGAACGUAAACAAAGUAAUACACCAACACCUUCUUAGUCAUUAUCAGUUUCAACGUUUGAGUGUUUAGGUUGUAAACUCCAUCAGUGUUUAGUUGGCUGAGUGUCUCUGGCUGGGCUUUAGAUGCUGUGUUUGCCACCACCCACUGCUGCCACACCAGUAUACCAGUAGCUGACUUAAUCAGUUGUACUUGACCUAAUGUAACUCACCUCAUGCCCCUUCUACUGGGCUGGAACUCUGCUGGUGUCCUGGUGGAGAUUAUUAUGCGUUUUGGUGACUGGUCUCACAACGCCAGGCUCAGAUCACAAGUAGCAUUAUUUUAGUGACCGUGCACUACUCUGUGACGUGCAGCUGUAGGUGGUUCGGAUCCUUGAGUUUCUCCCCAUACAUGGUUUCCAGUUGUUUUCCUUGGUGUUAUUUAUGUGUUGUGCUUGAGUGUUUGGCUGUCAGUGAAGCAUUUUCAUGGCUCUGUGUUGAGUAUGAAGUUCGUUCACUACAAUGUUUUGUCUCUGUUGGUCAUUGAUGGAUUUUCAGAUAUUAGUAAUUUUGUAGGUUUUUCUAUAUCCACUUGUCAGUACAUGGUCAAAUUGUUAGCUUUGUUACUCCUCUAAUGGUCCUGUAUGGAGGGCAGUGUUGUGUUGUGGUGCAGUGAAUCAUUCAGUCCCUUUGCCAUCACCAGUCAGCCUGCUGUGUCUCGAUAAUUGUUUGCCUUGGGGAGACUUUUAAUGGAAUAUUUAGUUGUGCCCCAGCUGUUUCCAUCCCUCACUGGAUGCAUUAUGCAGCUUGGUAACUGUUUGUUCUCAUGUUAUGUAACUUGAUGGUACUGUUAUUUUGCUGACUAUAAGAGUCUUUACAACAGAACCUGACAAAGCCACAUGAUAUAAUUAUGAAGAUAAUACCACUUUUCUAUGCCGACACGCUGCCUCAGUGUUUUGCUUCAAGCUGUAACACAUGACAGUUAAGGUGAUAAAUGACUUAGAAAUUAUAACAUUUUUUGGUUUGACAUGUUGAGGGGCAGAGGAUAGUGGUGACAGUUGUGGAGUGGCAGGUGUUUGGUCUUUGGUAGCAUUGUGCCUUACAUCUUGCUUGUGUGUGUGUAGAUGAAAGCUGAGUCAGAUGCUGAACUUUAAGAGAGAAAGAGAGACUCCCUCUGUUGAGAGGUUAUGCAUUCAUCCCUUAUUCCUUGUCAUCUAAUUUUCUUGAUGCAGCAAUGGUUUGUUCAUCUUGUGAAUUGAUGUUUCUUAAGAUUCUCAGACUGAUGCAGGAGACUUUGUGUUAUGUAUCUUAUCAGAAAUUCCUUUUAAGUUUUGUUCACUUAUUUCUCUUUUGUUUUUGGGGAUGUGACCCUGAUUUUAUUUUUUUAUUUGUUUAUUUAUUUUUUAUUUAUCUUUUUUUAUUUAUUUAUUUAUUAUUAUUUUAUUUUUUUAUUAUUAUUAUUAUUAUUUUUUUUUUUUUUUUACCCUCCUUGCAGAUGUAGAUUUCUCAAAGAUGUAAAAAUAUAUUACCAGCUUUUUGUGUAGUUUUGUGUUCGAUAUUUAGUGACACAUAACAUCGAUAAGACAAGGCCAGCAUUGCUACACUGUUUCCCAGAAGCUGGCGUGUAGAUUGUCAUGCACUUUAGAUAUUUAAGUUAACCAUUGGGCUGGAAGAGUUGAUGAGACAGUGGUGUGUUUCAAUUUGUGUUUGGGCUGAGAGUUUAGUAAGAUGGUAAAAGAUGAUCAUAAUGUGAGAUUGGAAAGAAACAGGCAGCUUGUUUUUUGUUGUGCCCUUCUCAACAAGGUCACAAUCUAAGGGUCAUUGCUUGGAGAGUUAAAUUCAACCAGUCUUGCAUUAAAUCGAAGUGAGGAUCGGCUGCAACUGUUACCGGUGUCCAAGAAAAUAAACGCAUUGAUUUUAUUGAGUCAGUGUGUUGCAUUUGCCAAACUUGAGGUCUUUGGUUACUGCCCAUGUGAGGGAUGUUGCAAGUUACCUGUGUGCAAUUAGUGUUAGGCACAGGUGGCUGUGUCACAGGUGCAGUGAACGAUGUAUGACACAUUAAAAGAUGCGCUUGAACCAAAAAUAUCCUGUGUCUGUAAUUUUUAGAAUAGUGUAGCUUAUGACAGCCUUUGCAAGAGCCAACACAUCUGCUGCUGUUUGUUCUUCCCUUGUGUUAUUCUGUCGUGCUCUGUGUUAGCCAAAAAGACGUCCUUUUCGGCAACUGGUCUAAGCACAUUGUCUAACGCCAGACCAAACUUAAGGUUCUCAUGAGCAGUGGAGGCUGUACACUACACUACUAUUUGUCCUUGGAAAUUUGUCCCUCCGUAUUGCUGAGAAAGAGAGAGUGAGAGAAAGAGAGAGAGAGAGAGAGAGAGAGAGAGAGGGAGUUGCUUAAAGAGAUGAUAUACCAGUUAUAAUAUAGGUUUUUAUAUAGAGCUAAUUUAUAUAAGAAUAUAUUAUUGUGUGUGUGUGUGUGUGUGUGUGUGUGUGUGUGUGUGUGUGAAGUUGUAUUGGGGUUAUGAAAAUAUCACUUUAAAAAUUUGUAUGUUUGAAAAAAGAAACUUGUAUGAUAUUGAAGAGAGAAGAAAACUUUAGCUUUUUCAAGAUUAUACAGUUAAAGAAAAUAACAUAAUCAUAUAUUGAAAACCUAUGUGUGUGUGUGUGUGUGAGGAACUAUUAAUUUGAACCCAGAAAUAACCAGGGAAAGGAAAUACAUACAAAAUGACAGUUAUAUUUCACCAGAAACUUUUAUUUGUAUGCCCAGAAGCAAGGAGAAAGAUAUACAGAAUGACAUACUUAAAUCCAUGAGAAACUUUUUAUUACAUACCAACAAAUGAAUGAAAAAAAACAUGAUUAUAGACAUUUUGAUUGCAAAUAAAAAAAAAAAUACAAAUCUUGAACCAGAAAAAGAAAAAAAUAUGACUACUUGAAAAAAAAAAAAACCCUAGAAAAUAUACAAAAUACACAGAAAAUCCCAAAUAAAGUACAGAAAAGAGCGAAAAAAAAGAAUGUAUACAGAUGAUACACUAAAAACCCCCAUUGUAUUCAUCGUAUUUUCAUAAGUACAGAAAUCUUUAGUCACAACAUUAAAAGUCCAUUCCUGUAACCAAAAGUCCACCCAAAAAAUGUGUCCACUUAAUCCUGUAGGUAAAAUUGUAACUUAUUGUAAAAACACAUACCUUUUUGCCCCAUCAGUUUUCCCAUCACCUCUAUUCUUCACCAGGUCAAUUCCACAAAUUAUCCUAAACAUAUUCUCUCCUCCUGUCUUUGUUUUUCUGUUAUCGUAUCCUUUAUUUAUCAUUUCUACUUAUUCAAUCUUCUAUCUCAUCAGUUCAAUAAGUUAUUUCCUCUUGUUCUGUCUUUAUCUUUUAAUUAACUAUUCCCAUCAUUUAUCUCAUUCUUUUCUUAUCUUUUCCUCUUCUAUGUUUUAUCAUCAAUUUUGUAUUUUUUUUAUUAUUCUCAUUUGUUCUAUAUCUUUUAAUCAACAAAUCCCAUCUCAUUUCCUAUCAUUUAUCCCACUUUUUCCUUUCUUUAUCCAUCCUUAUCUCUAUUGCAUGGUACCUUAAUCAUUUCACCAUCAUAUCCUAUCUUUUAACCAAUCAUUCCUGUCUCAUUUCCCGUCAUCCUUUAUCCCACCUUUCCCAUCCUUAUCUCCAUCCUAUACUAAAUUUAACCCCUAUCAGUUAUUAUCCUACCCUUAUCCUACCCAGUCAUGUCUGUUUUAUUUCCCAUCAUCCUUUAUCACCUUUCCCAUCCUUUAUGCUCUGCUAACCUUAACCCCAUAAUUCCCAUUUAUUCCCAUUCCUAACCAUACUAUUUCCAUUACCUCUAAUCUAUAGUUUUCCAGUAUACCCAGUAGUACUAAUGAGUUAAUAUGCAUACACCUAAGUAUACAUGCAUUAACAUACACAGAUACAUAUAUACAUGGUUGUUUAUUGAGUAAAUUCAUGUGUUCAUUGUGAUUAUAUUAUUGUGUCUAUUUGUGAUUCUCUUUUCUCCCCCAAAAGAAGCACAUAUGGGUUAUUAUUAUUAUUAUUAUUGUGCACCCGUGGAAUUUCUUAAUAGUCACCCUGAUAAAAAAAAAAAAAGAUUACUAAUUAAACGAGUCAAGAUAAUGAUGAUGAUGAUACUGGUGGCGCCAUCUCUCUCUCACAGUAUUUUUACUUUUGUAUUCGUAAUGUUCUUCACACUGGGAAAAGUAAUAGAAGUAUAUAUGAUACUACUACUGUAAAAUUAUUUGUACAUUAGUAAUCCCAAUUUACAAUAAAAAUGAAUAUUUCC